UUUAGCUUUAGCGAGGACGGCGCGCCCGAGUUGAGCUUUGCGCGGCUAACGGGGAACGCGGGAGAGGAGAGGCGGCCGGCUGAUCCCGGCAGAAGGAAGGCGCCCUCUUCCUUUUUUUCUCCAGCCACCCCCCCCCCCCACCCCGCCUCUCCUUCCCCGAGGCUGCAGUUGAGACAUGGCCGGGCGAGGUCGGGUUUGGGCGCUGGCGCUGGCGCUCUGCGCCUUGCCGGGCAGCCUCUGCCUGCAGGAAACCGAAGCGGACGAGCCUGAAGCGCCGGCGGCUCUGGGCGGUGGGGCGAACAGGCGGCGGCGCCUGAGCCAGGAGGACGGCAUCUCCUUCGAGUAUCACCGCUACCCGGAGCUGCGGGAAGCGCUGGUGUCGGUGUGGCUGCAGUGUCCGUCCAUCAGCCGGAUCUACACCGUGGGCCGGAGCUUCGAGGGCAGGGAGUUGCUGGUCAUCGAGAUCUCGGACAACCCUGGCGAGCACGAACCUGGAGAGCCAGAAUUCAAAUAUGUUGGCAACAUGCAUGGAAAUGAAGCUGUUGGAAGAGAACUUCUUAUCUUUUUGGCUCAAUACUUGUGCAAUGAAUAUCAGAAGGGAAACGAGACUGUCAUUAAUUUGAUCCACAGUACACGCAUCCACAUCAUGCCGUCUCUGAAUCCAGAUGGCUUUGAGAAGGCAGCAUCACAGCCAGGUGAGCUCAAAGAUUGGUUUGUUGGUCGAAGUAAUGCACAGGGAAUAGACCUAAAUCGAAAUUUCCCUGAUCUGGAUAGAAUUGUCUAUGUCAACGAGAGAGAAGGAGGUCCAAAUAAUCAUUUGCUGAAAAAUCUGAAGAAAGCUGUGGACCAAAAUCUAAAGCUUGCACCAGAAACAAAAGGUGUGAUUCACUGGAUAAUGGAUAUUCCCUUUGUAUUGUCCGCCAAUCUGCACGGUGGGGAUCUUGUGGCAAAUUACCCAUAUGACGAGACUCGGACUGGGAGUGCACAUGAAUACAGCUCCUGCCCAGAUGAUGCUGUUUUCCAAAGCUUAGCUCGAAGCUAUUCAUCUUUUAAUCCAGCCAUGUCAAACCCAAAUCGGCCACCGUGUCGCAAGAAUGAUGACGACAGCAGUUUCAUUGAUGGGACAACUAAUGGUGGUGCUUGGUAUAGCGUUCCAGGAGGUAUGCAAGACUUCAACUAUCUCAGCAGCAAUUGCUUUGAAAUCACUGUGGAGCUUAGCUGUGAAAAAUUCCCUCCAGAAGAAACUCUGAAAACCUAUUGGGAGGACAACAAGAAUUCACUCAUCAGUUACAUUGAGCAGAUACAUCGAGGAAUAAAAGGAUUUGUUAGAAAUCUUCAGGGUAAUCCCAUUGAUAAUGCCACAGUUUCUGUAGAGGGGAUAAACCAUGAUAUUACAUCAGCAAAGGAUGGUGAUUACUGGAGGCUGUUGGUACCUGGAAAUUAUAAAGUGACAGCUUCAGCACCUGGCUAUCUAGCAAUCACUAAAAAAGUGGCUGUUCCCUUCAGUCCUGCUAUUAGGGUGGAUUUUGACUUGGAGUCACUGUCUGAAAGAAAAGAAGAGGAAAAGGAAGAGCUAAUGGAAUGGUGGAAGAUGAUGUCAGAAACUUUAAAUUUUUAAGCGGAAGUUCAGAAUUCACAUCUUUUAAUCUACUAUCUGUUCAUUUAGUGUAAUGUACUG